AUGUCAGCUGAAUAUCCACAGAACGGCGAACUCGUACGACGAAACGCGGACUGUUUGGUGCUACGGUUCCGAACUGUUGUCGAGCAUGUCGGUGAGGCAACGGGAGUAACACAGCGACCUCCACAUACCCGUCAUGGUAGUGCCUGUCGCAGUUGCUGCAUGUGCUUCAGUUGUUGCUCAAAUGAAAUGUGGUUGUCGUCGCAGAGGUGUGUUCUCAGAAUCAUACCUGGCUAUCCUCCAAAAGUUAGGUUGCGAGUUACAGCGCGCAGUGGACAACGCUAUGCGUAUGCGUCACUGAACAGCCUGGACAGAUUCGUGUCGCAAAUGAGGAAGCCUAACCUAUUCAAAAACAGUACUUAUAUCCUAAUGUUAAAAUACGAAGCGCUGAAAUCAGCGGGCAUCCGGAAUGCGAAGCCGCUUGCAAUUCUACUGCACGUGUAA